AAGAUAAUCCCGCUUUCCUCUGACGCAGCACACUUUCUUAUAUGCUAUCUUUGGUCCUACUCUACAUUCUGACACUUGUUGGGGUACAUGUGUUCCUGAGCCUGGUUCUGUGGUUAACCGAGUUACCGGCAGAUGAAGAAGCCACCUUUGGAGACAUCUCUAACCCAAGCGUUGCAUCUCCUGACUAAGGUGCUGUUCACUUUCGGGUCAGUGUUGUAUAGAGAGACACAUCAAACCCAGAGACUAGACAGAGUGAGCCAGCAGUCUGACCCCCCCCCCCCCCUCCGGGCUGCAGGCGUCCACAUCUUCUCCACCUGCUGUGAGCCGAGUGAUUGACAGGACCUAAAGACAUGGGGAAGCAGAACAGCAAGCUCCGCCCUGAGGUGAUGCAGGACCUCCUGGAGAGCACCGACUUCACAGAGCACGAGAUCCAGGAGUGGUACAAGGGCUUCCUGAGGGACUGCCCCAGUGGCAACCUCUCCAUGGAGGAGUUCAAAAAGAUCUACGGUAACUUCUUCCCCUACGGUGACGCUUCAAAGUUCGCCGAGCAUGUCUUCCGCACAUUCGAUGCCAAUGGUGAUGGGACAAUAGACUUUCGGGAGUUUAUCAUCGCAUUAAGUGUGACGUCACGUGGAAAGCUGGAGCAGAAGUUGAAAUGGGCGUUCAGUAUGUACGACCUGGACGGAAACGGGUACAUCAGCAAAUCUGAGAUGCUGGAGAUUGUUCAGGCAAUCUACAAGAUGGUGUCCUCUGUCAUGAAGAUGCCUGAGGACGAGUCGACACCUGAGAAGAGGACGGAGAAGAUCUUCAAGCAGAUGGACACCAACAGAGACGGUAAGCUGUCUCUGGAGGAGUUCAUCAAAGGAGCGAAGAGCGACCCCUCCAUCGUGCGCCUGCUGCAGUGUGACCCCAGCAGCGCUGGGCAGUUCUAACUGAGGCUCCACUCCACCUAGCUUCUUUGGGGAAUCCAAAUGCCCUCUAACUCUCUCUCCGGAGCAGACUGAUGAUGAAGAAUGACAAGCUGAUGACGAUGAAGAAGACGAGCCUUCACUGCACUGAGGACAUCAAAGAGGGGCACAGGAGCCCAAUUCUCCAGCUGACCCCUGAGCUGUUUAUCCAAACCCUCCAGACCCCCACCCGGACAGAAACUGAUGAACCCCCCCCCAUCAAGUUAUCACACCCCACUGAUUGUAGUUACCCAGGUUCCCUCAGUCCUCCUAUAGGCGCGUCCGACUAUAACGAAGGUCCACAGUAGGUUGUACAUAUACAGUAUAAACUGGAGUGUCUGUAUCAGUGUCUUUACUCUCUGUGCCCCAGCCUCUGUCACUCUGUGUGUGUCAUAGAGUGUGUGUGAGUGUGUGUGUGUGCAUGAGACAAGAGAGAGAGAGAGAGAGAGAGAUAAUGGUGUUGAACAGCAGGACAUACUGUAGGUGAGAUGAUUGAAUCUGCAGAGAGGACAUGUGAAGUGUGUCCUUCACUCAGAACGACUACCGCUUUUAGUUUCCUCUUUUCUACUGUGAGAAUGUCUACAUGUGUUUGUGUAUUUUGCAAACUUGAUAGACUUGUUUCAUAUUUUCCACUGGGACAGAUUAACAUGAACAGGUAAUAUUAUGCUACUAUGCAUAUGCGCGCCUAAUCAGAAGUUUGAUUUUGCGAAGUCUCACUGAUGUAAUGGAAUGAAACACAUCUCAUCUGUUCCAGUUUUUCAUAUCUGCAAGAAUCUGACAAAAAGAAAACUAGUCUUUUAAAGUAUUUGAAUACAGUGUAGAUAUAUUAAAGUGCUACA